GUUAUUGUGAGGAAUCAUGCACAGACAGUAUAACGAUUUUAAUUAAGUUAAAGGUCGGCCAAAGACGUUAAUUAUUUAUUAAUUUGACAAAAACAAGAAGAAAAAGGAGCUAAUUGCAAUAAUCAACAGUUUGUUAUUUGUGUUUUUUCUGAAGACGUACAAGUGUAGAAAAUAAUAUGGGUGUUGAAACUAUAAAAGAAGAUGACACUUAUGUUAUUCAAGGACCAGAACCUUUGGAACCGUUGUCUAAUGAUACCUUGGGAACAGAAUUUCUCAAAAUUUUCCCUAGGCUUCCUGAAAAUGCUGUGGCCAUAAUCGACGCAUUCACCAACGAAAAAAUUUUCUACACAGAGCUUUUUCAAAGAUCCCUUAAUCUAGCUGCAACCCUACGCCAUUAUGGUUACUAUGACCAAAAUACAGUCCUUUCCAUAAGCAGCGAAAACUGUGUAGACUAUUUCACCCCAAUUUUGGCCUCGUUCUUCAACGGUACCAUCAUGGCACCGCUAAAUCACGUCUACACAAUCUACGAAUUGGAACAUACUCUUAAAAUAAGCGAACCAAAAGUGGUGUUUUGUUCUGAAGAUGUCGCUGAGAAAUUUGUUACCUUGAAAAAGAAUUUAGGGUUUAUUGAAGUGAUUGUUAUACUGGGUAAGUCUCCAUUAAGUCCCAAAUACUCUCACUUAAAAACUGAAGUGCAAACAACAGAGCAAUUUAUACAAGGUGUUCUUGGUAUUAAAAAUGUGGAUCCAGCUGUUUUUAAGCUAGCAACCGGAGAUCCAAGUAAAAUGAUUGCGGCUAUUCUAUGUUCUUCUGGUACUACUGGGUUGCCAAAAGGCGUGGCACUCUCACACCGUUGUUUUGAUGUUAGAUUAGCUCAUAGCAGAGAUCCACGUUUCUCAAUCAUAAUGGACGACGAAAAUAUUCUAGGCCUAUUGCCCUUUUUCCAUUCGUACGGCUUCGCAAUGGUACUCAUGGCUUUAGCCAACGGUCGUACCGUUAUAUCUCUUAGGAAGUUCGAGGAAAACAGUUUCCUAAAAACGAUCCAAGAUUUCAAAAUCCACACGUUAUUUUUAGCACCACCGCUGGCAGUUUUUUUAGCUAAAACUUCUUUGCUUGACAAGUACGAUUUGAGUUGCGUCAAUCGAAUCUUGUGUGGUGCUGCACCGUUGUGUAAAGAUGUCGAGGAGGAAGUCAAAAGAAGAUUAAGAUGCGAUAACAUCCGUCAAGGUUACGGAAUGACUGAAACCACUCAUGCCAUCACUGUAGUACCACUAGACGACUUACGUCAUGGCUCCUGCGGAAAAGCCAUGUCCUUUGUUCAAGGCAAAGUUCGGGAUCCUGCUACUGGAAAAUCGUUGGGACCCAAUCAAGUUGGGGAAUUCUGUUGGAAGGGUCCUUCUUCGAUGGUUGGGUACUACAGAAAUGAAGAAGCUACCAAAGACAUUUUCAUUUCUGAUGGUUGGCUGAAGUCUGGUGAUUUAGGUUACUAUGAUGAACAAGGAUACUUUUACAUUAUAGAUCGUAUAAAGGAACUCAUUAAAUACAAAGGGUUUCAGGUUGCUCCAGCUGAAUUGGAAGCUAUUCUAUUGACUCAUCCAGAAGUUCAAGAUGUAGGUGUAGUGGGUUUGCCUGAUGAGUUGGUUGGUGAACGACCCUUGGCUUUUAUAGUUAGAAAAGUUGGUGCCCUAGUGACUGAAGAUGAACUGAAAAAAUAUGUUGCCGAUGUAGUUUCUCCUCAAAAACGCUUAACAGGCGGGGUUAUAUUCGUAGAAUCCAUACCCAAAAAUCAAACCGGUAAAAUUUUGAGAAGAGAACUAAGAAACUUGCUGAAACAAUACGAAAAAAGGCUUAAUUUAGACUCCAAAUUGUAAAUUAAAUAAUAAAAAUGUUUUAUAUCAAUAGUGCUAAUUCAGA